AUGCGCGGUCGACUACCCGAGUCCCAUGGGCGCGGGUACCACACCCCCCGAGCGUUCAACCACGACGACGUCGCCGACCUCGACCCAGCCCACCGCGCCUCCACGUCCCGCCGGAACCCCCUCCCGCCCCUGCCUGACCCCACAGGCGGCCUCACGCGCGGAGAGCACGCGUCCGCGCGCGAGCAAUACCUCGACUCCCUCGGCCCGCUGGACUCGCGCCUGCCGCCCCUCGCGCCCGCGCCCACACAUCCCCACGCCGCUGCCGAGCUUCAGUAG